GGAGGGCAGACAAGCAAACACGUUUCAGAAUAGCAAUUUUACCGGUUGACGUAAGAGGUGGGUCUGGUUGUCUUGGCAACCAAUUGGCACUGAAGUGUGGAGUGGCUCCGUGGCCCCGCCCCCUGUACAAAUACCCCUAUGGCUUUGACGUCAAUACACGUCAACCAGAGAACAUGAUGCCUCUUUGCAAGUCAACUCGUGUGCUCUGUAGCUGAUAGAGGUACCUCAAGCUGAGAUAUUAUAGCUCCAUUGUAUUGGAGAACGUGGUGUGACAGCCCCCGGGAGCAGCAAAUGGCUGGCUUCGUAUCGCCGCACUAGCGGAGAGUGUCGCCACAUUGGCGUUCAAGCUGGCAGGGCGACACAGAAAUCAACUUUGUCUAUUUUUAAUGGACACGCUUCGAGCGGCGGCGGCAGAAGCGUCGGAGGCGGGCGGUUUGUUUUCCUUUCGUCUUUAUCUGUAGCUGCCCAAGCCGAGCCCGUGUGGAGCCCCCAGUGUGUCCCCUGCUCGUCUGGCUACCUCCUACUCGUCUACAAACAGUCCCAGACAGAACAGCAUGGUCAUGGCUGACAGUGUCCAAAAACCGCUGAUCCGGGGUCCGGUCCGAGUGGGCUUCUACGACAUAGAGCGCACUUUAGGAAAGGGCAAUUUCGCUGUCGUGAAGCUGGCCCGACAUCGAAUAACCAAGACCGAGGUGGCCAUUAAGAUCAUUGACAAGACCCAACUGGAUGCUGUCAACCUGGAGAAGAUCUACAGGGAAGUUCAGAUCAUGAAGAUGCUGGACCACCCCCACAUCAUCAAGCUCUACCAGGUGAUGGAAACGAAGAACAUGCUUUACUUAGUCACGGAGUAUGCCAAGAAUGGGGAGAUCUUCGACUACCUGGCGAAGCACGGCCGUCUCAGUGAGCUAGAGGCCAGGAGGAAGUUCUGGCAGAUCCUGUCAGCAGUGGAGUACUGUCACAACCGCAACAUUGUCCACAGGGACCUGAAGGCGGAGAAUCUGCUUCUGGACGGCCACAUGAACAUCAAGAUUGCAGAUUUUGGAUUUGGGAACUUCUUCCAGCCUGGCGAGCCUCUGGCCACGUGGUGCGGCAGUCCACCUUAUGCUGCUCCAGAGGUCUUUGAGGGGCAACAGUAUGAGGGCCCACAGCUUGACAUUUGGAGCAUGGGGGUGGUGCUUUAUGUGCUGGUUUGUGGGGCGUUGCCCUUUGACGGGCCAACUCUGCCUGUGCUUCGACAGAGAGUCCUAGAAGGAAGGUUUCGCAUCCCCUACUUCAUGACUGAAGACUGUGAGCAUCUGAUCCGCAGGAUGUUGGUCCUGGACCCAUCAAAGCGACUGUCUGUGGCACAGAUCAAGGAGCACAAGUGGAUGGCUCUGCAUGUUCCCGUUCAGAGGCCUGUUCUGCACCAACAGCCUCUGUCGGCUGAGGGAGAGGCGGGCGUGGGAGAAUACAGCGAACAGGUCCUUCGCCUGAUGCACAGCCUUGGUAUCGACCAGCACAAGACUAUAGAGUCUCUGCAGAACAAAAGCUACAACCACUUUGCUGCUAUCUACUACCUGCUGGUGGAGCGGCUCAAGGCCCAUCGCUGCAGCUUCCCCGUUGAACAGCGGCUCGACGCUCGCCAGCGACGGCCCAGCACCAUCGCCGAACAGACUGUCGUCAAGUCGACCAGUGGUUCAGCCCAGGUGGGUUUGCUCCCGCAGGGUGUUCGUCUGCUACGCUCCCCUGCUGUGCCCCAAGCCUCCUCCGAUGCUUUCACCUUCCCCCAGACUGCAUUUCCCCUAGAGCAGAAUUUCACAGUGGAGGACGUCAGCACGCCCAAAGUGAACGGCUGCCUGCUGGACCCCCUGCCUCCCCCCGCUGUCCUCCGCAAGUCCUCCACCUCGUCGCCAAGCAACAUGAUGGAGACGUCGAUUGAUGAGGGCAUAGAGACAGAGGAGCCCGACACAGAAGAUGAUCCGCCCCAUCUGCUCUCAGCCUAUCAAACAGCUCGCUUUGGCCAAAGGCGACACACCCUUUCUGAGAUGACCAACCAGCCGGGCCCUUCGAACCAAGGUAAAUUAUUCUCUCUAGGCCACAACCCAUCCAUGGGUAGCAUGGACUCGGACAUGGGCUAUGACAUGGGCUCUGUGCACAGCGACCUCGGCCUGCUGGAGGAUGCACCCUCUCUCAGUGAAGUGGUACCGGCCAACAGCUCUGCUCCUGGCAUAACUGCUACGCCUUUUUUGAGCGCUCGGCCCGCCAACCCAGCAAUGGCCGCUUUGACAUCCCAGCACAGGGAGGCGCACAACCGCUCCCCCAUCAGCUUCAGAGAAGGUCGCCGUGCCUCAGACACCUCCCUCACCCAAGGUUUGGUUGCAUUUCGGCAGCACCUCCAGAACUUGGCCAGGACCAAAGGCAUUCUGGAGCUAAACAAAGUCCAGAUGCUGGUGGAGCAGAUGGGCUCCGGGGAAGGGGCCGCCAUGGGCCCCAUGGGACCACAGCACCACUUGCACAACCUCCUGGAGGGCGAGGCAUCCAAGCAGGAGGGCCUAGCUUUAUACCAAGGCGGGCCGCGUCCGCCUCUCCUGUCCCGCCGACAGAGUUUGGAGACACAAUACCUCACUCAUAGACUACAGGCCAACGUCUUGGCUAACAGUCCUGCUAGCUGUCAACUUUUCUGUAAGGAGACUCCCCGAAGUUUAGAGCAACAGCUGCAGGAACACAGACUGCACCAGAAGAGGAUGUACCUGCAACAGUCACAGGGCAUGGGGCUGCAGGCCUACUUCAACCAGAUGCAGAUAGCUGAAGGAUCCUACCCGACAAGCAGCCCUGCUCUGGACCCAGCAGCAUCUCAAAGUUCCCCUCAGGGCCCUGCCCACCAGCCUCAGCCCCAGCAGCAGGCCAGUCCUCAGGCCUCGCCUCCCUUCAGCCACCCUCAUAGCCUAAGUCCUUUGAUGGAACCGGGCGAGGGGCUGGUUUAUGAUCCCUAUAUAAGCCACCACCACUACGCCCAACACUUAACCCCUGGAUCUCACCUUCACCACCUCCACAGUCCCCAGUCUCAUGAAGCCUCUAUCAGCAGCCUGGGCUUCAACUACCCUGUAGGCUGUGAGCAGCAGAUCCUGGGGCCUUCCACUGAGGUUCUCCUCCCAGAGCAGUAUGAGUUCCCUCUGGAUCCCACCUUGCUGAACCCGCCUGCUCCAGGGGAAGCUGAGGCUGGAGCUGUGGCCGGGAUUUUGGCUGGUCCAGUUCAGUCAGACAGCCUGGGCCUCCCUGAGCUGCAGAGCUCUCUCCUGGACAGUGAGAUGAUGGAGACCGUGGAUUCCCAGCAUGGCUUCGUACUCGUCAACUAAAGUCAGUAUUAAGCAAUGAGAACCCACACAGCACUAAGAGCAGAGAGAAUGGAGAUAUAAGUGGAGGCCACAAGAGUAGCAAAAGGGAAGGAGAAGUGUUCAUUUUUGUACGACAAAUACAGACUUCGUUUCUUAGUUGUGGCAAACCUCAAGACAACCUUUCUACCAAAAUCCUCCCUUAGCCUACCUCCCUUUCUCCCCCUCCUCCUCUGUUCUCAUCAGCUCUGUAAGGCAGGAACAGGUCCGAUAUGUGGCUCAAUGUGAUCCUCGCCCUGCUGACUUGGCGAGGCUGCUGUUGUCGCAGAGGUUGUGCCACCUGUGAGGACUGUACGGUGCAGCCCGGAGGUGGGGUGCUGCACAUCCUGGAGGCUGCCAGAGCGCAGCAUUUCACCUUGAAAUGGUUUGGAAGUGAACUGAUUUAGGACUGACAGGCAACCAAAAGGACAGUGGCUGGCAGUGCUUUUUGUAUUUAAAAUAGGACGACAUUGACAACAAUAGACUGGUUCUGUUUUGUUUUUUUGUUUUUUUUUUUGAUUUCAGUAGAUUAAAACAACAACUGAACAAGAGCAAAUAUGGCCCUCAUUUAUCACGGUACAGUUGAUAUCUCCACAAAUUCAAAUGUUAAGUGUUUUUUGUCCACAAACAUGAGCUCAAAGGCUAACAUGAUGGUCGAAUUCGUGAGUGCAUAGGCGUCAACACUAACAUUUACAGUAUUCCUCCAAUUUAAAAAACAGGUAACUUUUGUUGGUCAUUUUCCUGAACAAAUACCCUAAAGAUGCUGGUUGAAGCACCUUGUUGGUGAGUAAUGCACCGACUCUGUCCAAGCUAUUUUUUUCAGUUGACUGACUAAUGAAAAUAAUAUAAAACACAACUUUGUUGCUGCAGGCUUUUGUGUAGGUGUGUGACAUAAAUAAUACAGUUUCUUUUUUUUUAGUUUUCUUUGUGCUUUAUGUGACUUGUAACUACUGAUCCUGAUUUAUUUCUUACACUACUGAACUGAUAUUCCACCUUUCCAACCCCUUCACGAGGUUUCAUAAUACUCAGUAAGAUGAGGAUAGUUACCAGUAUUUGCAGGCGAAAUGGCCUUGUGUCCUUUGAACAGUUGAAUUGUGGGUCAUGUGUUUGCCUGAUAAAUGAGGGCUGAUGUAAUUAACUUGUGUUUGGUUGAGAAGUAGCGGUGUUUGACAGUCAAUAUUAUUCUAUUUUUGUGGCAAUACAGAAGCAAUAUUAAUCCUUAAUGUUGAGGGAUUAUGAAUGGAAGCCUCACCUGUACAACCAACUCUGAUUGGUUCCAGAGGACCUCUGAGUCGUCAGCAGUGACGUCACUCACUGAUGAUGUAACCAGGAGAUAAUCUCUCGCUCACUCGCUCACCCUGGAAAUGCAGGGACAAGCCUGGAGACAGCUGUGUGUGUGUGUGUGUGUGUGUGUGUGUGUGUGUGUGUGAAUGUGAUUAUGUUUGUUUGCACAAUUCAUACUUCAACUUUGUCAGAUCAUUUGUCGUCAUUACUGAAAAAGGCGAACACUGUAUUGACGUCUCCAUUCAAAAUAACCCUGGCUGUGCUUUUCCCUCUGUGCACAGUAGUAGCUUUUGGAUUAAUUGGGAUUCACAUCCUUGAUGCUCCAGUCAUGCCCCUGUGUUGUUUUUACUGAUGAAUUGUGUUUAGAUUAAUGGAAUGACCCCUUAAAAACUCCCUUGCAUUAGAUUUCACGAAGAAUGUUUCCUCUCUGACGCUGGGGCUGCUGUUAGACGAAGACCAGCUGAAGGUCGAUCACCUGACACUGCGUUUGACUACAGACUCACCCACUGCUGUUUUGACUGACAGCAAGCCAGCAACAAGAUGAGAGAUUUUUUUUUUUUUAACAGCACUUAAACUGUGUUCAGUCUACUUGAAGUACACAGAUGUAACUUUUUCUGACAGAUGAUGAUGAUUUAAAAAAAAAAAAAAAAUUGGAAUAACAGGAUGGCAGACGUCAGGGUUGAGAUGAGAUUACUGGACUGCAACCAUCAGCCAGACUGUGACCGUCAGUGGUUGUGGACUAAACUAUACGAGUGUUUUGUAGCCAGAUUAGCCUUCAGAUAAGAUGGUCACUCUUAGUCUGUAGACUGGACUGAGCAGGUAUAUCAGAUUUGGUUCGACUAUGGGGUUUUUACAGCUGCAGUCUUGAAUGUUGGCUAGAAAAUGUAGACCAACUGUGGUUGUAGUCCUGUGCAAGACUUGAAGGAAAAAAAAAAAAAAAAAAUCAAAAUCCACCCUAAAAUCUUUUUAACACUUUCGCAGAUUGAGGCUGCAACUAAUGAUCAGAUUAUCUGCUGAUAAAUUUUGUUCAUUAAUGAAUCAGUUGUUUGGUCUAUAAAAUGUCAGCGAUGAGGCAAAAACAUUAAUCACAAUUUCUCAACUAGUUCAAAUAGCUUUUUCUUGUCUGACCAGCAGUCCGAAACCCAGACACAUUUAGUUAAGUGUCAUGGAAGAUUAAAACUGGCAAAUUUCUGUAACUUUUGGCACCUUUGCUGUAAUAAUCAGACUAACACUGUUGGCAGUCCACUAUUUACUACUUGGCAUCAUUUUGUUUCUAAAGCACUGUACAACUGAUCAACGUGGUUUUGACGUCAGUCCCUCAGGAUCUUAGAGCAAAUGCUUAGUACGUCACCAUUUAGCUUGGACGCAAAACGAGAUACUAAGAGCUCCAGUAAUAAUGACCUCAAGAGGCCAAAGUGGACUGCAGCCACGAGACAUGUUGCCAUACAGGUCUGCAUUAAUAGAUCCACCCUAAAAUUUACAAACAAGCUGGUUAGCGGGAUAUAUAGUCAUACACCCGCAUUUUAUUGACACAAAUAAGCUCAUGUCCAGUUUGUGGGUGGUGUUGAAAAUGUCUUUUAGAAACAGAAGGAUCUCAAGUGGGGCAGGUUGAACAUAAAAUAAUUCUGUGUCAAAGGGCGGAUUUUGCUUUGAAGUGAGUAUUUUGAUGAUUGUUUUCUCUCAUUUUGUCAAUGGGCAGGUUAGAACAGCUACAGGAUGAUCUGUGAAAGUCGAAUACUGGAGCACUUUGACAACCAGGGGAAGGAGAGAUGUAGUGAGAGAGGAGGAGGCGAUUGUGGCGGAGGUGGAAAAGGUUUGUAUUGCUCUGCUGUUUCCUGGCAGAUGAAACGAACCACAAUCUGUAGGAAACACCUUUCUCCUCUCUCUUCCCCGCCAAUAAUGGACACAAAACAAAUUUCUUUCAAAGAAAGACCAGACACAGUAACACUAUCUGAUUGCUGAGUUGAAUCCAAGAAAGGGUAACACUUUCUUUGUACAAAUUAGAGGUGUAGUGAAUUUUCGGUGUGCCGAGAUGAAUUUUGUGUUGAACGUGAAAAGUGUUCAGUGUGCCUUUUACUUUUUUCACUCUAAAUUAAGAUUUUGAACAUUUCUGGUUGGACCCUUUUAGCAUUUAUUUUACUAUGAUAACCUUUUUUCUUUUUUCUUUUUUUUUUUCUUCCAAAAGAAAGUAGAGCCAGGUUUUACAAAGGUACAAAACCAAAGUCCCUCAGAAGUUUCCCUGUACGACCCACCAUGUGGAGUUUUGGAGCUUCUCUUAUCAGCUUCUUUAUCGUGCUUUUUUUUUUCUCUUCUUGUUGGUCAAUCAGUGUAUGCCAUUUAAAAGUAUUAUAGCAAUAUUUCUCUAGUUGAAGACUAAAGUCAUGAAGAUUCUAGUGGACGUGUUUCCAAGUAUCAUAAUUUCACCUCCUGCUGAUAAAACAAAAACAUCAAUCUAUCAAUAGAAAUCCAGUUUUAUAUUUACCUUCAUUGAUGUUGACCACACAUAAGCUAACUUGCUGUUGAGAUUAAAAAAGGUUUAUUGAACAUAAAAAAA